AUGGUCUUGCCGUUAAUAAUAGGAGUAGGCGUGACUCUCUUAGCAGUAUCUGCAAGGUCCGGUUUUAGAGCUUGGUCUGUAUACAAGACAUUGACCCCCAUGAUGGUUGCAAGACUUAAUAAUAUUAGAUUGGAUGAUGAUAAAUCAUACCGACAGAAGUUUCAUAAUGAUUUACGUUUUGAUAGUAAUAGACUUAGUAAGACUAUAAAAUCUAAUUUAGAACAACAAAAUAUUGGUGGAUUUUUCUCGAGAAUGACUGAAGCUGAAGCAUUACUUAUAUUAGAUAUCUCUGCUAAUGAAAUCAGGGAUUUAAAUACACAAUUAGUGAAAAGUAAACAUCGUAGUGCCAUAAUUAGAAACCAUCCGGAUAAAGGUGGUUCCCCUUUUAUCACAGCAAAGAUAAAUGAAGCCAGAGAAAUUAUUUUGAAAUCACCGUUAGUGAAAGGGCGUUAA